CCUCCAACGAGGCGGGAGUAUCCCCGCCGAAUGAUGAACAAGGUGGAUGAACGAGGCAGAUCACCCGGUACGUCAAUGCGACCUACGCCUGUCGCAAUCACCUCACCGUCCAGUCCUGAAGAGCCUGUUACACUGGUGGAACUGACCAGCGUGCCAGGUGGACAGAAUGCAAUGGCACAUCUCAAAAAACGUAAGCUGGAAGCUGAUUCGGUUAUCCCGAAGCCGCUACAACAACAGCAACAGUCAGCACUGCAGCUAAAUGGUAAAAAACCGUUACAUCAAGUUUGUAGUGCGGGUGGUAGUGGUUGUGGUGGUGUAGGUGUAGGUGUUGUUGGUGUUAAUCAACCGAGUGGCCAGAUACAGCAGCAGCAGCAGCAGGACAUGGAAAGUUUUGAUGCCGCGACAAAGCGCAGGAGAAAAAUAGUUCAUGAUGAUGUAAGAAAGAGUAUUGACCAGAGUGACAAGACGAUGGCAUUACCUCAGAAAAAACGUGUUUUUAGUGCUAAUAAUAAUUUAGGCAGCCCAGCUAGAAAGACGAGUAAGAAUUCGGAUGAACAACCUGAGGACGAUGAAACUUUAAUACGUGAGACGGAAGCUGCAUUAAAAAGUUUGUCGGGUAGUUGGCCUGGACCUAGUGGUUCAAUGUACCAGAGAGGUAAUCCGGAUGAGGAUAAAUAUGAAUCGAAUUUUGAAAAUUUAUUUGAGGAGAAGAAAGAUAAUCCUAAAAUGUCACCGUCUUCGGUUUCAACGUCUUCGAGUACCAGCAAUGAGACGGGAUGUUCGUUGAAGGAUGUGAUUACGUAUCGUGGGCAACAGGAUCGACGAUUUCAACAGAACAAAUUGCAAGAGUCUCAUAAACAGCAGUCGCAAUUGGUGAUGAAGAAAAAAGAGGAAAUAUUAAUGAGGAUGGAGCCGGAUUGUCAGCCUAUGCAGUGUCAAAUAAACGCGGAUCUAAAUAAAAUGCGGUCGUUAUCUAGGUCAAUGAUAAUGAAAGACCGAAAUGACAGGAUGUCUGAUCUACGACAAGGCGACAAAUAUUCGCGUUACGACCCACCGGAUUUCAAUGAGCUCGUAGACGACUCCUCAAAUGAAUUAGAGAUUGACAUGUCUGAUCCCCUUGCUGAAAAAGACGACAGUGAGCGAGAUCGUUCCGAUGACAAAGAUAAGGAUAGAAACAAAAGUAAUGGGCCGCAUCCCUCGUCAAGACAUCACCCUCAAAUGUAUUCCAAUUAUCAAAGGUACCCAGACAACAGUAUGAAAGUAUCACCAACGACCUCAACAUCACCGCCAACUUCCUCAUCGUCGGCAUUCUCCGGAUCAUCAGCAUUCCGACCGCCCAAUGCCGAUCACACGAAACCGCCUUGUCGUACACCAGUAGCACCUGCAUCAACGGUAUCCAGCCCACCAAUAGGACCCUAUCCAGCAUCAGCAACAUUCGUGGGUUUUCCUACACCAAUUCCUGGUCCAGUUAUGCCAGUCCCACAGCCAGUGAUCCCGCCCUCAGUAGAGGAGAAACACUCGGUGUCGCUUCUCCAGUUGAAAUCACCGAAAGAGGAGCAGCAUCAAGUUCAACCGGAAGCUACCCCAAUGCCUGUAAAGACACCCGGGACAGGAUUACCACCCGUCACAUCACCCGACACCAAUUCGUCAAAGCAGUAUACGAUUCUCCAGCCGGCCGGUCUGGGUUCCCGUGCGGCCACUGCGAUCCAGGACAUUGCUCGUGAAGGUGUCGUUAGUGUAACUGCUGUCAGUAGCGCUGGUGUUAGUAAUACCACCAGCAGUUACACCACCGGGAAUAAUAAAAAUAAUCCUCUUAAUAAUAACAACAACAACAGUACUAAUAACAAUAAUACUAAUGCUAAUAACAAUAAUAAUAAUAAUAAUAAUAAUAAUAAUAGUAGUAAUAACAAUACUAGUAACAAUAAUAAUACUGGAUCCACGAAUAUUGGUAACACCAAUGCCAGCAGUAUCACCACCAAUACCACCACCUCAACUACCACGUGUCCAUCAGUAGGUGACGUCUCUACUACAACAGGAACCGGUCCACCAGACGUGAUGAAGAUGCCAGACAGAAACGGCUUCGAUGGCAGCAGACCCGGCAUGUCUAUGUCACCGUCCAGCCUUGCUCGAGAGGGCAACAAGUGCCCGACACCAGGUUGCACGGGCCAAGGUCACGUGACCGGACUUUACUCGCACCAUCGCAGUUUAUCCGGAUGUCCAAGAAAGGACAAAUUAACGCCUGAAAUCCUGGCGAUGCAUGAGACUAUUUUGAAAUGCCCAACACCGGGUUGCAAUGGUCGUGGUCACGUCAGCUCCAAUCGCAGCACUCACAGAAGCCUCUCAGGUUGUCCAAUAGCUGCAGCAAAUAAGCAAGCAUCCCGCGAUUCCCGUCACAAAUUAUCAGUAACAGGAGUACCGCCAGAAUUUAUCAACACAAAUCUGCUACCGGGAUCGAUGGACGUUAAGGGUUACCCACUAUACGGCACAGUAUCCCAAGAAACGAAGCCAAACGUUGUCGGCUCGCCUAGUUACGAUUACUACAAAGGGCCUGGAAUGCCAGGAAAGCCACCGAAAACCCCAGAAGACAGUUCAACCCGUGGCAGCACGAAAGUAAUUCCCAAACCUGAAGUAUCGCCUCCUACGAGCUGCUGCAACAGUUUACCGGGCAGGAAUCCUUCAAACCCAGACUUACUGGUCCCCAAAACCGAGGAGACUUCAUCUUGUCAUGUGAACUCACCUCCACCACCCCCACCACCGGUACGGCAGCCUUACGAUCCUUAUCUAAACCAGGAUUCAAAUUCGUCGUCGAUGUCGUCCAUGGAGGCGAUGAAUUCCCGGCCGAUAGGAGCCACGAUUCAUCAUCCAGGUCAGCAUCCGCCUCAUCAUGUGCUGCCAAUGCAGCCGACUGUCACCUAUCCCAUGUCUAUGGUAGAGGACACGCGAAUGUCUCACCAGAUGGCACAGAGAUCGCCUUAUGAACCGAGUAUGAUGAGUGGGACGGCGACAUCUACCACCAGCGAGGACAUCUAUCAUCAUCGCAGCGCUGAACAUCGAGGGUACAUGCACCCCGUUACAAAUGGAAUCACACGGCCUGUGGUCACGUAUUCCAAUGACGUCGGCACUGGGAGAUAUGACAAUGUAGCGGCUGCCAAUCAUCGGCCUUAUGAUCCAGGUGCUGGGUCUGGUUACGAACGAUAUGACACGCAAGGUUGUUCGCCAUUCCAGCAGCAACAGCAGCAGCAACAACAGCAACAGCAACAGCUGCACCUUCGAGCAAACAUGUACUAUCUCGGGCAGACUGGAAUGACUCCUGAUGAACAGGAACGAGCUUACCAUCAGGAAGCUGCCGCAGCGCAGCAACACCAGAUGGCGAUGGCUGCUGCUACGGGAGUCAUGAUUAAAUCGGAGGAUGAUUUUUGUGAUUCAGUGAAGUGCGUCACGACGGCUCAAGUACAGAUGCAAAAAUCUGGUCCUCCGACGUCACCUGGUGGCUCGGUGAUGGAUCUAUCGACAUCUAGCGUGACGUCAACGAGCCCUCAAGCACCUCCUUACGGGUCCAAUAGUCUCAGCCCGCAAUACGGCGGAGGGCAGACCGUCGGAGGAAGUCCCCAAGCAGCGGCGAGUCCGCACUUGACAUCCAGCCCCCAAGUUCCAAGUCCACAAGGACAAACGCUCGACCUCAGUGUGAAUCGGCUUCACAGCGGAGCACCUAGUCCUCAAUAUUCGACGGGUCACGGUGAAGCUGUUCCCGUUCCAGUGGGUCCGCCUUUCCCAGCACCACGACCCAUCGAGGAACAAACAGAACCCGUGGAUUUUUCUACGGCUAAUGAACCUGUUAAUUUCAGCGGCGGUCCUGGAAUCAGGCCUGUUGGUUUUCCACCACCUGGAGUCCACGCUGCAGCUUACAGCCGAGAAAGCACUCCAGACAGUGGAGUAUCCCAUUACAUGGACGCCUACAGAGAUCCCAGUGCAUAUGGACCAAUGAGCCCACAUCCAGGCUACGGUAUGACAGCAGUCCAACCGGAAUACCCAGGGAACACUUACACUCCUUACCCAACGGCUGGGUACAAUUGUGGGGGCAGUUACCCAGGUGGCCCUGUCACCUCUGGUUACCAGAUUCCAGCGGGCUACAGUCCAGCACCCUGCUACAGUAUGCCGCCGCCUCAGCACACGAUCGGAACACUGGACAAACCCUCGGGCAAGGAUGACGGUUUAUCGGGAUGUCCAAGAGGAGACCGUUCACAGAUUCAAGCUCAUUCACAAGAACUAAAGUGUCCGACACCCGGAUGCGACGGAUCAGGACACGUUACCGGAAACUACAGCUCACAUCGAAGUCUAUCGGGAUGUCCACGAGCUAAUAAACCUAAAAGUAAACCACGUGAUGGACAGGAUUCAGAGCCUUUAAGGUGUCCAAUACCAGGUUGUGAUGGGUCAGGACAUGCGACUGGAAAAUUUCUAAGUCACCGCAGUGCAUCGGGCUGUCCGAUAGCGAAUAGGAACAAACUGCGCGUGCUCGAAUCCGGCGGUACCGUUGAGCAGCACAAAGCAGCAGUAGCAGCAGCAACAGCAAUGAAAUUCGAAGGUGUUAAUUGUCCGACACCUGGUUGCGACGGGAUCGGCCACAUCAACGGUUCAUUUUCAACCCACAGAUCGUUGUCCGGGUGCCCUCUUGCCGGCAAUACACUUCGCAAGCCCAAGUUCGAAGACAUGACGAGCAUGUACAGCAAAGGAAUCAACGGGGUGGACGCCGGUGGUCCGGCUCAGGGUGGUGCGUUGGGUGCGGGACAGGGAAGCACGAGUGCUAGUGGACCUGCUGGUGGUCAGGGCGAGGACCUCUACACUCUGGAGGCUGAGAUCACCGAGUUACAGAGAGAAAAUGCCCGGGUCGAGUCUCAGGUCAUGCGUUUGCGCUCUGAGGUCAACGCUAUGGAAAAUCAUCUCAAGCAUGGAGAGAAGGAAAACACAACUAUCGCUCAAAGAAACAACCAUCUCACAGAUUACUAUCAGUCGCUAAGAGAUAACAUGAUAACUUUUCUGGAGCACGUGAGAAUACCCAGCGCACCUGGGGGUCCACCUGAAAAAAUGGGCCACGAAAAUUUUGACAGCUAUCUCACUAAAUUGCAGACCCUCUGUACACCUGACGGUUACUGCGCCGAUGAAACAAAUCGGCCUACAUAUGAAACUGUAAAAACUGCACUUCAAGAUUUUACUGUCUUGCCGACGCCCAUCUGAGACUAUCAGUCUCAAGGUUGAGUCACAAAAUUUUAUCACUAGUCAUUUUAC